AGGUUGGGCUUUACAACUCAAACUCCAACACAAGCUCAACCUCACCAAGCGCGAAAGUAGCAAAACGUGUGGAGGAGCAACGGACAAUUUCGGCUACGGAUCACGGAAACGUACGGAUUCGGACGCGGCUACAUCCCAAG